AUGGUAGUGGCAUCUGGAACAAAUGCCUUUGCCAAGGAAAUGGCCAUCAGAAAACGAAUUUCCGGCAUUUAUAACAAAAGAGAGGAAGAUUUCCAUUCUUUAAGGGAAUACAAUGACUACUUGGAGGAAGUUGAGGACAUGAUAGUUAAUUUGGUCGAUGGAGUAGAUGUUCCUGCUAUUGAAGCAAGAAUCACCGAGUACCAGAGAGAAAAUGCAGAGCAGAUCAUGAAUGCUCAAGCCCGCAAGGCUGAAGAAUACGCAGCUGCUUUGGCAGCAAGCAAGGGUCAACUUCCGCAGACGGGUGUUGAUAUUCUGCAGUCGUCAAGCUCCCAAGCAGGGCCGAGUGGUGUUGCUCAAGGCCAAUACGCGCCAGCUGUUGCUGGCGGAAUCACACAGCCCCGUCCCGUGGGCCCUCAGCCAGUCCCUCUUGGGCCUGGACUCGACGCAUUGGGCCUUGAGUAUGAAGAUGAAGAGGCCAUGAAACUCCGGGCUGAAAAGGCUGCCAGAGCAGGCGGGUGGAGUUUGGAGAUGAGCAAAAAACGGGCGCUUGAUGAAGCUUUUGCUAGCAUUUGGAUAUGA